GUGCCUUUGCUUGCAAGAUGGUACCGUUUGUUCAAUCCACUGCUAUUGUAACUGAGAUUCUUACCAUGACCUGCAUUGCUGUGGAGAGACACCAGGGGAUUGUGCAUCCGCUGAAAAUGAAGUGGCAGUACACCAAUAAAAGAGCCUUCACAAUGCUUGGGAUAGUCUGGUUGCUGGCACUUAUGGUUGGGUCACCUAUGUGGCACGUGCAACGGCUUGAGGUUAAAUAUGACUUUCUGUACGAAAAGGUCUAUGUUUGUUGCUUGGAAGAAUGGACCAGUCCAGUACAUCAGAAGAUAUAUACAACCUUUAUUCUUGUUAUACUCUUCCUUCUUCCACUGAUGUUGAUGCUUUUUUUGUACACUAAAAUUGGCUAUGAACUCUGGAUUAAGAAACGAGUGGGAGAUGCUUCUGUUCUUCAAACCAUUCAUGGGAGUGAAAUGUCUAAAAUAUCAAGGAAGAAGAAGCGAGCAAUUGUUAUGAUGGUGACAGUCGUGUUUCUCUUUGCAGUCUGUUGGGCCCCUUUCCAUGUGAUUCACAUGAUGAUGGAAUACAGUAAUUUUGAAAAGGAGUAUGAUGAUGUGACGAUCAAAAUGAUCUUUGCAAUAGUCCAGAUCAUUGGAUUCUUCAAUUCUAUUUGCAACCCUAUCGUGUAUGCUUUCAUGAAUGAAAACUUCAAGAAAAAUUUUUUGUCUGCCAUCUGCUUCUGCGUUGUCAAAGAAAAUACAUCACCAGCCAGACAACUUGGGAACUCGGGGAUUACUAUGAGGAGGCAAAAGGCAAGUGUUUCUCAAAGAGAUCCCAUUGACUCUGAGGAAGCCAGGAGGGAGGCAUUCAGUGAUGGCAACAUUGAAGUCAAGUUCUGUGAUCAGCCAGCUUCAAAAAGGAAUUUGAAAAGACAUCUUGCCUUAUUCAGCGCUGAGCUUACUGUGCAUUCUGCAUUAGGAAAUGGACAGUAGCAUCACAAGAGGUUGGAGAACGAAAAAAGUGUUCUCUUGAUAUAACUUUCAGUAAGCCAUUUAAAACCAUUUUACACUUUGCCUGCUGAAAUGAGGAGAAGAAUAUUUCAUGAGUUAUAAUAUUGGGGUAAUGGAUGAGAAAAUGUAGUAUAUUGUAUAAAGAUGCAUAAAAUUUUGGCAAACA